AUGGUCUUCUUACCACACCCUAAAUUCGGCCAACUAGGCAUAGUGCCGGAUAGUAUUCCUAUCAGCGAGUUCAUGCUUGAUGAGAAGCAUGGGCGCGUGCCUCACGAGAGAUCCAAUGACCCAUAUACAUGCGGAAUCACCGGAAAGACGUACUCGUCGCGACAAAUAGUUGACCGUGUCGAUCACAUGGCAAGGGGUCUGGCAAAAGAGUUUGGAUGGACACCUAAUCAGGGCACGGAAUGGGAUAAGACUAUUGCAGUUUUCAGCUUGAACACGAUUGAAUCUUUGCCAUUUUUCUGGGCUACUCACAGGUUAGGCGGUCUUGUCUCGCCUGCCAAUGCGGCAUACUCGGCCGCAGAGCUUAAGCAUCAAUUAUUGGAUUCCAAUGCAAAGGCCCUGUUUACCUGUGCACCCCUCCUGUCUGUUGCGGUGGAAGGCGCCGACUUGGCUGGUCUUCCGAGGAGUAGGAUCUACCUGAUCGAUAUGCCGCUAGAGAUACUGGGCGGAGUGAAGCCUCCGACCGAGUACAAAACGAUAUCGCAGAUAGCAGAGGAAGGAAAGACGUUGCCCGCCUUGGAGCCACUGAGCUGGAGCGCAGGCGAAGGCGCUCGACGAACGGCAUUUUUGUGCUACUCGAGUGGUACUUCCGGUCUACCUAAAGGAGUAAAGAUUUCGCAUCGCAAUGUCAUAGCCAAUGUCCUACAAGCCAAAGUAUUUGAGAGCAGCUACAGGGAUGCUCGCUCACGAGCCACUGGCGUAUCUCCAUUCACAGAGGUCGGCCUUGGCCUUCUGCCCCAGAGCCACAUCUAUGCCCUCGUGGUUAUCAAUCAAGCAAGUGCCUAUCGUGGAGAUCAAACCAUCAUUCUUCCCAAGUUUGAGUUGAAGUCUUACCUAGCUUCUAUCCAAAAUUUCAAGAUCACAUCACUUUAUCUGGUCCCUCCAAUUAUCAUCAACAUGCUUCGGAGCCACGAUGUAUGUUCGAAGUAUGACUUGAGCUCAGUCACAACCCUAUUUUCCGGUGCCGCGCCUUUGGGAAUGGAAACAGCACUCGACUUCCAAAAGCUGUACCCAAAUGUUAUCAUUCGUCAAGGAUAUGGACUGACAGAAACAUGCACGGUCGUUUGCGCCACCCAUCCCGAUGAUGUGGUAUUUGGCUCCUCGGGAUGUUUAUACCCUGGUUUUGAGGCUCGCAUUAUUUCACCCGAGGGCCAGGAGAUCACAAGCUAUGACACACCUGGGGAAUUAGUAGUUCGAUCACCUAGUGUUGUGCUAGGGUACCUGAACAAUGAGAAAGCCACCAAGGAGACAUUCGAGGAUGGAUGGAUGCGCACUGGUGAUGAAGCCGUCGUUCGUGUUGGCCCAAAAGAUACUGAACAUAUCUUUAUUGUCGAUCGUAUCAAGGAGUUGAUCAAGGUCAAGGGUCUGCAAGUUGCCCCGGCUGAACUUGAAGCACAUCUUCUUACCCACCCUGCCGUUGCAGACUGUGCUGUUAUUGCUAUCCCUGAUGAUGCCGCCGGAGAAGUCCCGAAGGCUAUCGUUGUCAAGUCUCCCUCAGCUGGUCCGGAUGAGGAAGCCGCUCAGUCUAUCAAGAAGCAUAUUGAGGAUCACAAAGCUCGCCACAAAUGGCUGAAGGGUGGUGUGCGGUUCGUGGAUGCUAUCCCCAAAAGUCCGAGCGGCAAGAUCCUCCGACGAUUGCUUCGCGACCAAGAGAAGGAGGCUCGUAGGAAGGCCGGUGUCAAGCUCUAG